GAAAAAUUAAGGAAAAAAUGGUGCGAUGCAAUGAAAAGGGACAGUAAAACAAAUACUGUUCUAUCAAGUACAAGUAAUCGGUUUUGUUGUGAAGAUCAUUUCAAGGCCAAUCAGAAAGAGCUCUUACACAUCUGACAUUGACUUUACCCGAAUACUUCAAAUGACGGCCACGAAAUUAAAAGAUAACCUGUCUUUGAGUUUGUUUCUAGAAUUUGGUUUUUCUUGCGUUUGCGAUUUUAAUUUGGUUUAUAUUAGCUGCAUAAAAUGGUUAUGUGAUUUGAAUUAUAUUUUAAUAAUUUCUUCAAGCUCUUAAUAAUAUUUUAAAUUAAAAGACUUUAAGACGAUUUUAUUGUGAUAGUGUAUUGUGUUAUCAUUAAGGAAGCAAAAUUAUAGGCUUAGAGAGAGUAAAGAAAGACUAAAAAUGUGGGUCCAUUGUUACAGAAAUCAAGCAGAAUCAAUACCAGUAUGGCAAUAAAAAUGAAUUUUUAAAGUAUGAUACAUUAAGUGGAAAAUGUGGUUUUAGGUAUAUAACUUAUUAUAUCAGUUAUUAGGUGUACUAGAAAAAAUUAUAGAUGUGAAAGAAGAUUAUUGAUGUCGAAAGACCAAAUAUUAGUAAUUGCCACAAAGACUUACAAUGGAAAUUAAGAACAAAGCAAAAGAUAUUGAGAACAACAUAGAAAUAAUUGAGUUGGAGGUAUUUAAGAGUGUCGAAGAGGGUGUUGUAAUGUACAGACGAAAAAGAUUUAACAAGAAAUGAGUCUUCCAAACUUUAAUUCGCUACCCAGAUGAUGAUGAAUAUUUCAAGAAGAACAUGACAAUAGCCCAUCGCUCCUCACAGAUGAAAAAGAAACGAGAUGUAGUAAUGAAAAAAAAUGGUUUCAAUAUUAUAUUAAUUUAUUCAUACAUGUUGUGAUUUGUAGAAUUGUAGAUUUGAAUAAAAAACUUGGAAAUGUGCAAGCUUGAAAACGAUCUGGAAAAUUAUAUGGAGUGGAAAUUAAUGGGUGGAAAUUGUAGACUUAAAAAAGAAGUUGUUCCUCAUAUCUUCAAGUGUCAACUGUCAUCGAUUAUAAAACCAGAAAGAAACAAUGCCCCGAAAAGACCCCGGAAUGAUAUUUUGCAAACAUUAGAGACACCAGUCGAUGUCCAGGUAUCAAUCUCAACGCAGAUAGAAUGGGUUGAUUGUGGUAAUACUGAUGUUAAAUUUAAUCCUCUUGAAUCUUCUAACGGAGAGGAAAUUCCUAUUGGUAACAUCAGUAGUGUAAAGAGUAAAAAAGUUCAAGUGAAAGUAAGAGACUUUUGUCAUUCUAAAAAAACUCAAACUGACAAUACGACGACUAUGUUCAUCCCAUCUAAAGAGAAAGGAAACGUAGAUCCAGAAACUUCAUCCAAUUGGGAAUAUUCUUCAAGAAGUCAAAAGGAAUACACGGAAUAUAUGUUAAAAGGUACUAUGAUGUCAAUAGAGAGAGAACCCAAAUUCUUGGUAGGAAUUCCCAAGGAGUCGUAUUUUUGUCUGCAAGUAUUAUCCCAAAAAAUUCCAGUUCCACAUAUUAAUAUUCUUAUCACGCUUAAAAAAAUUCGUUUAAAUGAGCCAUCCUCAAUACUGGCAAUGCAGUUCGGAAGAUCAUCAGUUAAUAUAGGACAAAUUUUUAAGCGUACUGUGCCGUUAUUAUCAAAAUACCUUAAAGAGCUGAUACUAUGGCCGGCUGCGAAUAAAAUAGCUGAACGGUUACCAAUAGCUUUUCGUUCCAGAUAUUCAAAAGUACAGUCUAUUAUAGGUUGCUUCAAAAUUCGCAUCCAGAAGCCAAGUAAUCCAUUACAUGAAUCUUUGACGUGGUCCGAAUAUAAAAGAUGCAACACAAUAAAAUACAUGGUUUCGUGCACUCCAGACGGGUUAGUUAAUUUUAUUUCAUGUGGUUUUGGAGGUAGAACGUCAGAUGACAUAAUUUUUGAAAACUGUGGCUAUACGAGCAAUUUGUCCCCAGGCAUGGAAAUAAUGACCGACAAGGGAUUCAAAAACGUAUCAACUAAAUUAGCCACUUAUGGAUGUGUACUUAUCAGGCCUCCUAGUGUCAGUGCAAGCACAUUUAUUAGCAAGGAUGAAAUACUGGAAUCUAAAAGACUAGCAUCCCUUAGGAUUCAUGUCGAUAGAGUUAUAGGAAGACUUCGAGAAUUUAAUAUGCUUUUACCUCAUGUACGUGUAGAUCUUAAAUAUUUAUCAAUAUUUGAUGACGUCGUUGUAAUAGUGUGCGGUUUAAUAAAUCUGCAAAACCAACUUACAAAAUUUUAAAAUCAUAAAAGAACAGUAUAUUAAGGUUAUAAUGUAAUUAAUUAAAUAAAAGUUUUGUAAUAUUGCCAGUGAAAUAAAAGGACUCAUUUAAGGAAAGAGCACCAGAGACAUACAGUGCACUUAUAGCCGAGACUUUCUAUUUUGAUUAUCAAAAUUAAGAAAACUUUAUAUCAUUGUCCUCAUCAAUCUGUUAACCUUUAAACGGGCGGUGUAUGCUAUCUGUACAAUAAAUUUUGAAAAAACCUUGGACCUGGUUCUUUUUCUUAGAGCAAACGAAUUUCAUUGUGAAUAUGUUGGU